AUGGCCCAAGAUGUAACACCCACUAUAGCUGCAUCGUCCCAACGACCUGAAAGACAAAAAUACAAUGUCCCAAAACCAGUUCCUGCUUAUUACCCACAUUCGGGUUCUCCUAUAUAUGCCGACAAAGAGUUGUACGCCCGUAUUGCAAAGGCCCCUAAAAAAUUAGUGGAAACUCAUACUUGUGCUCCUCGUUCAGGUAUCGCUGUUACGAUUCCUGCUAAGUCGGUGUUUCGUAUCACUACACCAAAAGGUCCUCAGGUUUGUGAUCUCAAUAUCUGGAACCUUCAUAAUCCCAGAGAACGCUUUUGGGCUGCUAGGACCCGUCAACUUCAUUCCGCUCAUGUUUCCACUUUUGACAGACUCUGGUCGAAUUUGCCCUACCUGCGUCCCUUGGUUACCAUCACUGCCGACUCUAUGGAGGCUCGCCAUGACGAGUGGGGAGGCCGAGUUCAUGACACUUUAGGCACAAGAUGUGAUCCUUAUGUAGACAAACUGAUUUCGGGCAUGGACAACGAUUUACAUUGCCAUUCAAACCUAACAAGAUCAGUCAUGCCUUAUGGCCUUACUGAAUUCGAUGUUCAUGAUGUCCUGAAUGUCUUUCAAGUUACUGGCUUGAACGAACACGAUCAAUAUUUCAUGGAAGCAUGCCCAGCGACCCCUUCAGACUAUUUUGAGUGCUUUGCUGAACAAGAUCUCCUUAUCGCUAUUAGCGCAUGCCCUGGAGGCGACUUAUCCCAAUGGGGUUGGGGUGAAAAUGAGGAAAGCACAAAGGAAAGCAAAAUGGUUGAUUGUUGUCGUCCCUUGGCGAUUGAAGUGCAUCAAUUACAAAACGAGAAAGACACUCUAAAAUGUUGGAACCCUCCUCAAUAUAUCAACUAUAAGGGAAAUCAUGGUCUUCGUGGACCCCAAUAA